GUCAACAUUCUCAGGUGCCAGCGCCACACGUCGAAUUCAAGAGGUUGAACUCCUAAAUUUUUUUUAUUCUCGUUUCACGCUCGUUCGUUAUGACUGAGAAUAGUCUUCGAGGCGUUUUGGAUGUCCUUGACCCGGCGCAGGACCACACCUUCGAGAUUCCUGCUAAACGCAUUCACGACGUUGAGGAUAUUUCGUUUUGGCUUACAUCAUGGGCAUAUACGGACCUGAUGACCUUUUUGCUUCAACUCAAUGCUUCCAUGUUUCCUCUUAGGAAAGAUGAUGGUGGUUGUCAUGUGUGGACAUUGGAUGAUGCCUCCAUCAUGUACACGAGCGCUGUGAAACGAUUACAACAACUGCUCAGAGACCUGGAGAAUAUUAUCCAACAGGCACCUCCAGACCCUGGUCCUCGUCGGUUUGGAAAUGCCAGCUUCAGAACGUGGUACAAACAUGUAGAACAGAACCUCGAUACCCUCAUGGAUAAAUAUCUCCCGGAGCAAGUCCUGGGAUUUAGGACAGCCAACGAGAUUUUGCCGAAAGACGAGCUCAAGGCGUACCUUCUAGGCAGUUUCGGAAGUGCGCAGAGACUGGACUAUGGUACUGGCCAUGAAUUGAGCUUCAUAGCAUUUCUCGGAUGUAUAUGGAAGCUUGGCGGAUUCACUUCGGAAAAGGUAACAGAUGGUCCUUUUGGCACGAAUGAGCGACAGAUCGUUCUCGGUGUGAUUGAGCCCUAUCUUCGACUGAUUCGGAAGCUCAUCUUAACAUACACGCUUGAACCUGCAGGCUCACAUGGUGUAUGGGGACUUGAUGAUCAUUCUUUCGUCCCCUAUGUCUUUGGCUCUGCACAGCUCUCUCCGCCCAUUGCGUCACCCGCAGAGAUACAGCAGGAAGGCUCAGUACACAAUGCACCUCGACCAGGCGACGUUACGAAACAAUCGGUUGUCGAACGUGAAAGGAACUCAAACAUGUACUUCUCUGCUAUCGGCUUUAUAUAUGACGUCAAGAAGGGGCCAUUUUGGGAGCACAGUCCAAUGCUUUUCGACAUAUCAGGUGUUACAGCUGGAUGGGCAAAAAUAAAUAAAGGGAUGAUUAAGAUGUACAAUGCAGAGGUACUCUCAAAGUUCCCGGUCGUACAGCACUUUCCUUUCGGCUCGCUCUUUCGCUGGGAACAUAAUCCAGACGCUCCAGCGCCCAUACUACCAGCACGGAUGCCAUCACAGCCGCAAUCGCGCAUCUCAAAUAUGCCACCAUCUUCUAUGCCGAUCACUUCACGACCCAUGCCAUCCGGUGCGGUGUCUUCAGCGUCAUUGACCUCAGGGACAAUUCACAGAUCAAACGCCAUGCCCGGACCCAAGACAAGCUGGACCAGUCAAUCUGGAGCGACAGGCCUACCUGCCACACGAGCACCUUGGGCAGGAUCUAUUUCUUCGCAGCAAUCCGUUGCUUUAGGUAUGAGAAAUAUGAAUGCUUCAAUCUCCAGGGUCAAGGAAGCUCCCACGACAAGGCCAUCAGCCAACGAGACGAGCGAUAAUGGUGAGAAUAAAGAUAAUGCUAGUAAAGGCCUUGAUCAUGAAUAAAUGAACUGAAAGACGUCGAAUCCAUUUUUCUUUCAGCAUACACUGCACAGAGCCAGUGAAGAUGUGGGAACGUGGAGUGUGAAUCAAGCACUUCUGCUGGCCCAGAAUAGACAAUCAAAUCGUAUCUAGCAAGAGCAGGUAUCGUUCACGGGACAGGAAAAUGAAAAGGGGAUGAAUUAGGAUUGUUUUUUGCCACAGCACUAUGAAGAAGGACUUCAACCUUUGUUCUCGGAGCUAGAUUUGAAACGCAUUUUCCGCUUACACAUUCCCACGGUCGUGCUCCAUGAUCGCUCUGCUCGCGUUCAGGACCUCAUCUCCAAAGUCUGCCUUCUCAACGCCGCUCCCAUCUCCGUAGCUCACAUUCAUCAUAGCAUCUAGCUUGCCUCCUUCAUCCAAAAUUAAUUCCCUUGCG